CCUCUCUCUCUCUCUCUCUCCUCUACCUCUUCCUCUUCGUCGUCAUCGUCUCCGGAGUAGCUAGCAGAAAUUCAGAUCUGAACUCUCAGACGAAGCUCCGAUCUUACUGAGCCAUUUUUGCUCUAAUUGACUUUCAGCCUUUGGAGCUUCCUCAGAGAUUCUUUUACUGGAUAGAUCAUUAAUGGCGAAAUCCCGUCAAUAUUAUCCAUCUCAAGAUGAAUCAAUGUCCCCGACUUCUGUUAGAUCGAGGGAAUGGGAAGGUCCUUCCAGAUGGACUGAGUACUUGGGACCUGAAAUGGCUGCAUCAGUGUCUUCUAGGAGCUCAAAGCAAAUUGAUGGAAAUCUUCAGAGUUCUGGUGGUUCCACAAAGGCUUUGAACAUACAAUGGGUAGUUCAAAUGAUUGAGGUUGCAGAGGGUCUCAUGGCUAAAAUGUAUAGACUGAAUCAAAUCUUGGAGUACCCUGAUCCUGUUGGCCAUGUUUUCUCUGAAGCAUUUUGGAAAGCGGGUGUCUUCCCUAACCAUCCACGGAUAUGCACUUUGCUCUCUAAAAAGUUCCCUGAGCAUUUUAGCAAAUUGCAACUUGAACGUAUUGACAAGUUUUCACUGGAUAGCUUGCACGAUGGUGCUGAACUUCACUUACAGAGCUUAGAGCCAUGGAUACAGCUGCUGCUCGACUUGAUGGCAUUUCGAGAACAGGCACUGCGGCUUAUAUUGGACCUAAGCAGCACUGUAAUUACCUUACUGCCUCAUCAGAACUCACUUAUUCUGCAUGCAUUCAUGGAUCUCUUUUGUGCAUUUGUCCGAGUCAACCUUUUCGCAGAGAAGAUUCCUAGGAAAAUGUUGCUGCAAGUGUACAACCUUCUGCAUGCGCUAUCAAGAAAUGAUCGAGACUGUGACUUUUAUCACCGCUUGGUGCAAUUCAUAGACUCUUAUGAUCCCCCAUUAAAAGGCUUGCAAGAAGAUUUGAAUUUUGUCAGCCCAAGAAUUGGAGAGGUCCUGGAGGCUGUAGGACCCAGUAUUUUUCUAUCUGCAGAUACGAGGAAGUUGAGAAAUGAGGGAUUUUUAAGCCCAUAUCAUCCUAGAUUCCCAGAUAUACUUACAAAUUCUGCUCAUCCCAUGAGAGCGCAAGAUCUUGCGAAUGUUACUUCGUACCGAGAAUGGGUGCUUCUUGGAUAUCUCGUUUGCCCGGACGAGCUUCUUCGUGUUACUAGCAUUGAUAUCGCCCUGGUUGUGCUAAAGGAAAACUUAGUCGUGACGUUAUUCCGGGAUGAGUACAUUCUGUUGCACGAAGACUACCAGUUGUAUGUUUUACCCCGUGUGUUAGAAUCAAAGAAGAUGGCAAAGUCUGGUCGGACUAAACAAAAGGAAGCUGAUCUAGAAUACAGUGUAGCAAAACAAGUUGAGAAAAUGAUCAGUGAGGUGCAUGAGCAAGCAUUGCAAUUAUGUGAUACCAUACACCGAGAAAGGAGAAUAUUACUGAAGCAGGAAAUAGGGCGGAUGGUUUUAUUUUUCACUGAUCAACCAAGUUUGCUGGCUCCAAACAUUCAGAUGGUAUUCUCUGCAUUGGCUUUGGCCCAGUCUGAGGUUCUCUGGUAUUUUCAACAUGCUGGUAUUGCAUCCUCACGAUCCAAAGCUGCUCGAGUGAUACCAGUUGACAUAGAUCCAAAUGAUCCUACCAUUGGCUUCCUGCUCGAUGGAAUGGACCGUCUCUGCUGUUUAGUGCGCAAGUACAUCUCAGCUGCUCGAGGUUAUGCACUAUCAUACCUUUCUUCAUCUGCUGGAAGGAUUCGUUACUUGAUGGGUACUCCUGGAAUUGUGGCUCUGGACCUUGAUCCUACCUUGAAAGGCCUUUUUCAGCGUAUUGUGCAACAUCUCGAAAAUAUACCCAAAGCGCAGGGAGAAAAUGUUUCUGCAAUCACAUGUGACCUAUCUGAUUUCCGGAAAGAUUGGUUGUCCAUUUUAAUGAUUGUCACUUCUUCUCGAUCAUCGAUAAACAUCAGGCAUCUGGAAAAAGCCACUGUCUCUACUGGGAAGGAGGGCUUGCUAUCGGAAGGAAAUGCUGCAUAUAACUGGUCCAGAUGUGUUGAUGAGUUAGAGUCUCAAUUAUCAAAGCAUGGAAGUCUGAAGAAAUUAUAUUUCUAUCAUCAACACCUCACAACUGUUUUCAGAAAUACAAUGUUUGGACCAGAAGGACGUCCUCAGCAUUGUUGUGCAUGGCUCAGUGUGGCUAGUAGUUUCCCGGAAUGUGCUUCACUAAUAAUUCCUGAGGAGGUUACCAAAUUCGGGCGAGAUGCAGUGCUUUACGUCGAGUCUCUUAUUGAAUCAAUAAUGGGGGGACUGGAGGGCCUAAUAAAUAUUCUUGAUUCAGAAGGCGGGUUUGGCGCUCUAGAAUCUCAGCUUCUUGCAGAACAAGCUGCAGCGUAUCUGAAUAAUGCAUCAAGAAUUUCUGCCUCUUCAGUGAAAUCCCCCAGGGUUGUAGGCGGGUUUACUUUGCCCGGCCAUGAGAGCUAUCCUGAGAAUAAUAAGUCUAUUAAGAUGUUGGAAGCUGCAAUCCAAAGGUUGACUAAUUUGUGUUCAAUUCUGAACGACAUGGAGCCUAUCUGUGUUAUAAACCACGUAUUUGUGCUAAGAGAGUACAUGAGAGAAUGCAUCCUUGGGAAUUUCAAGAGAAGAUUUCUUACUGCACUACAAACCGAUAAUGAUCUUCAGCGGCCUUCUGUCUUGGAAUCUCUUAUCAGGCGGCAUAUGAGCAUAGUUCACUUGGCAGAGCAGCACGUUAGCAUGGACCUAACCCAAGGCAUCAGAGAAAUUUUACUCACAGAAGCCUUUUCAGGACCUGUGUCGUCUUUGCAUACAUUCGAAAAGCCUGGUGAACAACAGCAAAACACUGGAUCUGCAGUUGAAGUUGUGUGCAACUGGUACAUGGACAAUAUCAUCAAGGAUGUGUCUGGCGCAGGAAUCCUCUUCGCUCCAAGGCACAAAUACUUCAAAAGCACUAGACCAGUUGGAGGGUAUUUUGCAGAGUCAGUCACCGACCUCAAGGAAUUACAGGCGUUUGUUCGUAUCUUCGGCGGCUAUGGAGUAGACCGGCUGGAUAGGAUGAUGAAAGUACAUACAGCUGCCCUGGUAAACUGCAUAGAAACAUCUCUGAGAUCAAACCGGGAAUUGAUUGAGACAGCUGCUGCAAGUAUGCAUUCUGGUGACAGAGUAGAGAGAGACGCAUCUGUUAGGCAGAUAGUGGAUUUGGAUACCGUAAUAGGAUUUUGUAUUGAAGCUGGUCAAGCGUUGGCUUUUGAUGAGCUCCUCGCCGAAGCCUCUGGUGCUGUUCUUGAAGACAAUGCAUCCUUGAUACACUCGAUGAUCUCUGGCAUCGUUGAGCAUAUACCUGAAGAAAUCCCUGAAAAGAAAGAAAUCAGAAGGAUCAAAGGCGUGGCAAAUGGCGUUGGCGUAGCAGGAGAUCACGACUCUGAAUGGGUUAGAUUAAUCCUCGAAGAGGUAGGAGGUGCAAAUGACAACUCAUGGAGUUUGUUACCUUACUUUUUUGCCUCUUUCAUGACCUCAAACGCCUGGAACACUACUGGCUUCAACAUCGAGACUGGCGGAUUCAGCAAUAACAUCCAUUGCUUGGCUCGGUGUAUUAGCGCUGUCAUUGCAGGAAGUGAGUACGUUAGGUUACAGCGUGAAUACCAGCAGCAGCAUCAGUCCCUCUCCAAUGGUCAUCACUCUAGUGAAAAUCUAGACUCAGAGUUUCAACCCCGUGUAACUGCUGAAGCAAGCAUUAAAUCUGCAAUGUUACUCUUUGUAAAAUUCGCUGCAUCGAUCGUGCUAGAUUCAUGGAGUGAAGCCAACAGAUCUCAUCUUGUGGCUAAGCUUAUCUUCCUGGACCAACUCUGUGAGAUCUCACCAUACCUCCCAAGAAGCUCCCUCGAAUCACAUGUUCCGUACACCAUCCUCAGGUCAAUCUACACCCAAUACUACUCCAACACACCGUCCACACCGCUCUCAACAGCAUCCCCGUACCACUCUCCAUCCGUAUCACUCAUCCACGCUUCUCCCUCCAUGAAAAACUCCACCACUCCCCAGCGUGGUAGUGGUAGCGGCAGUAGCUCCGCAGCUGCCCCCGAUUCAGGGUACUUCAAAGGCUCAUCAUCUUCACUCUACGGUCAGGAACACUACAACGAACCCGAAACUGGAAACUCAAGGAGCAAUGAGAACAACAACAACAACAAACAAAGGGGGAGUUCUCGUCGUUCUGGACCAUUGGAUUACAGCUCGAGCCAUAAAGGAGGGUCAGGAUCAAACAGCACAGGUCCUAGUCCACUUCCCAGAAAAAAGAAUAUCUGUUGGGGAAAAGGUGCACCAAAUGGUACCGAGCCCAAAUUAACAACAACAGUCAUCUUCAUUAGUGAGCUAAGUUGUUCAAUCUCUCACCUGAAAACCCUAACCAUGGCGCGUAAAUCUUCCCUCCUCAAACGAGCAGCAAUCGCCGUCGUCUCCGUCAUCGCCAUCUAUGUAAUUCUCAACGCUUCCGUCAGUCGUUCCCUCCCUUCCUCAUCCGAUCUCCCUCGCCAGCUAAUCCGUGAAGACGAUGAUGAAGGAGGUUCUCCGAUUCAGCCUAGGGUUAGGGUUUACAUGUACAAUCUCCCCAAGAGAUUCACUUACGGUUUAAUCGAGCAGCACUCAAUCGCUCGCGGCGGAAUCAAGAAGCCCGUCGAUGACGUCACUACGCUUAAGUAUCCGGGUCAUCAGCAUAUGCACGAGUGGUAUCUUUUCUCGGAUCUUAAUCGACCCGAAGUGGAUCGAUCAGGGUCUCCGAUUGUCCGUGUCUUGGAUCCUGACGACGCUGAUCUCUUCUACGUCCCGGUGUUCUCUUCCCUCAGCUUAAUUGUGAAUGCGGGUCGACCCGUUGAACCUGGAUCCGGUUACAGCGAUGAGAAGAUGCAGGAAGGGUUGAUGGAGUGGCUUGAAGGUCAAGAGUGGUGGAGGAGGAAUGGUGGGAGAGAUCACGUGAUACCCGCCGGCGAUCCGAAUGCGUUGUAUCGGAUCUUGGACCGGGUCAAGAAUGCGGUGCUGCUCGUGGCGGAUUUCGGGCGGUUGAGGCCUGAUCAAGGAUCGUUCGUCAAGGAUGUGGUAAUACCUUACUCUCAUAGAGUCAAUCUCUUCAAUGGAGAAAUUGGAGUGCAGGAUCGCAACACAUUACUCUUCUUCAUGGGAAAUCGAUAUCGCAAAGAUGGUGGAAAAGUUCGUGAUUUGCUUUUCCAAGUUCUUGAAAAGGAAGAUGAUGUAACAAUAAAACAUGGAACUCAAUCCAGAGAGAACCGACGAGCUGCUACGAAAGGAAUGCAUACUUCAAAGUUUUGUUUAAAUCCUGCGGGUGACACUCCAUCUGCCUGCAGACUCUUUGACUCCAUUGUCAGUUUGUGUGUGCCCGUGAUUGUUAGCGAUAACAUCGAGUUACCUUUCGAAGAUGUGAUAGAUUAUAGAAAAUUUUCGAUUUUUGUUGAGGCCAAUGCAGCUUUGCAGCCCGGUUUUCUGGUUCAGAUGCUGAGGAAAAUAAAAACCAAGAAGAUACUGGAAUAUCAGAGAGAAAUGAAAUCGGUAAGACGGUAUUUUGACUAUGACAACCCAAAUGGAGCAGUGAAGGAAAUCUGGCGUCAAGUCUCGCAGAAGUUACCACUCAUCAAACUAAUGAGUAACCGCGACAGACGCCUCGUCCUAAGAAAUUUGACCGAACCAAACUGCUCAUGUCUAUGCACAAACCAAACUGGUCGUAUCACUUCCAUUUAAACAAUCUCUUUGUCUUUUGGGAGAGACCUUUUGGACUGUGGAGGAGCUUGAACUCUCUCCUUCUCAACUUUGUGACCACCGAGACUCACACAAGCAGAUAUGCGCCUCCCUUGGCAUAACUUCUCCGGUAAGGAAACUGAGAGCACACGCAUGGCGACAGAUUCAUAAGGAAGAAAUAUUUGAAAUCAUU